ACCCCCCCCUUCAGACCGGGCUGUGACCCUCUGGAGUGUAACGCGGCCGCUAACGGUAGCAGGCUUAUAAUUAGUGAUUAGUGGCUUGAUUGAGCUCCAGCCCCUGCCUGUGCCGCAGCCUUGGGGCACUCAAGAUGGCAGCCUGGGUAUUAAUUAUUGAAUAGCACUUGGAAGAACUACUUCAAUUAGCAAUAUGAAUUGAUAGCGCAAGUCCACUAUAUUUUAUUAAUAGACAGCGUUCAGUGUCGUUAUGGAUAUGUGUAUAUUAAGUGUAUAUAUGUAGGUAUAUAUAUGUGUGUACGUAUUGUGUGUGUGUGUGUAUGUGUGUUUGCACGUGUGAACGUGUGCAUCUCAGGGGUAUGUAUGAAUUAAUGAGUUGUGUUGGAGUAUAUGUGUGUGAAUAUAGGGUUUUCUUCCUAGCUCAGAAUAUGGCUUACGUGGUGACUUUGUGUGACAGCGCCUGCGGUUGGCCUGGCUUUACUGCCACUGUCUCCCUGUGUUUCGCCAUGUUCAGAAUGGGAAGUUGUGGUCUUCAGGAUUUAUUGAAGGGUUGUAUAUUGUAAGUGCCAGAAUUGGGGGUGAACCCUAACCAUAGCCUAUACUAUAGGAUUUACAUAGCGUAAGGGGGCCAUUCCACAGAAAUAGUGGUAUUUGGAAUGUGUCUUCAAAUGCAUUUCAUUUUUGUCAAUCAAAACUUAGGGCACAAUAUUAAUUCAAAUUUUAGCUUAACCAAUCCACUCAAAUGCCAGCUUGCUAUAUUUAAAUUAUUUUUAUGCAUUCACUCAAAGAAUGCUUGCACCAUCCUUUUUGUCACUGACAUCAUAGGCUUUUCAAAUUUUAUUCCUCAGUUUAAUGUGCACAGAUAGGCAAAAACAGUGCACUUUCAAAAGGGACGUGUUGAUAUCCAACACUGUUUUCGUGUUCCCACUUUUGUGUUGCUUUCAGCACAUUUUACGUCAAAGUUACUACCGUUAUGUUGCAAACGUACAACUUGCAUGUUACAAAAGAAGACUUUUUAACACAGACUGUGUUGAAAGUAACAGAAAAAGUGUUGUCCUUAACUAGGCAGAGAGGUGUGUUAAAAACGACAACAUUUUGACAGCUUUGAGAGUGUCGGUUAAUAAUAACACAGUCGAAUCCACUUAAUUUCAUAGCGGAUUAGCGCAUAAUUUGGCUAUGUGCGUACAAUUGCCGAAUCCCGAACCAUUUCCCAUUCAUUCCAUUGUAAAGAGAUCCCAUAUUUGCAUAAACCACUCUUGGAUAUUUUGGAAGUUUUCACGGAAUUACGUCCAGUUACAUCACACAGUGAUCUAUAAAGUACAUUAAAAGUUGGCAGAUGCAGCAUUGUGCUCGUAGACUUGAAAGCAGUCAAAACUUUAAAAUGUAUCCACAGCCAAAUUCGUACCACUUGUAAUUGUUUUACAGGUUUUUUUUUUGCGAUUUCUCCUAUAGGCGGCUUAUGUGGAUUGAAAAAACUCUUGGGCAGCUCGCCUAAGACAUUGCAAUGCAGAAAGAAUUCUGGUAUAUACUAUAUGUAUGUGUGUGUAUCUGUAAAAAUUGUGUGCGCGCAUACACACAGUAUGUGUGUGUCUCGGGAAUAUGUAAAGCGGUUGUGUGUGUGCAUGUGUACGUGUGUGUGUGUGUUUGUAUGUGUACUUGUUUGAGUAUGUGUAAAUGUAUGUGUAUGUUUGUGUAUGUGUGUGUAAGUGUGUACAUAUGUUUGUGUAAUCUUGUAUAAAUUAGAUGUAUGUAUAUGUGUUUGUAUGUUGAGUGUGUGCUUGUUGUGUCUGUGUGUUUGUGUGGGUGUGUCUGUGUUUUUGUGCAUGUGUUUAUGUGUGUGUGCAUACAUGUAUGUGUUUGCGUGCAUGUGUGUGUUUAUGUGUGUGAGUGUGGGUGUGUGUGUGUUUUUGUGUGCAUGCAUAUAUGUGUUUGUGUCUCAGUGGCAUAUCUAAAUAUGACAUGUGGGAGUCGAGGGUUGUGAUGUCAUGUGGCAGUAGGGCAGCCAAAUGACAGUGCAGUGCGUGAGCAUCACAUCCACAGCUCUAAACAGGACGGGCACAUGCGUGAGCGUUCACAUCCACGUCCUUAAACAAGGCGGGCACGAGCGUGAGUGCUCACAUCCACAGCUAUAAACGGGGCGGGCACGUGCAUGAACAUUCACAUCCACAGCCUUAAACAGGGUGGGACACGUGCGUGAGCAUCACAUCCACAGCCUUAAACAGGGCGGGACACGUGCGUGAGCAUCACAUCCACAGCCUUAAACAGGGUGGGACACGUGCGUGAGCAUCACAUCCAUGGCUCCAUCCACCAAAGCAAAGCAAGCCACAGGCAACUGCACUGGUGAUGAUGGUGAUGGUAUUGAUGAUGACGACGGCGGUGAUGAACAUGAUUAAGGUUAUGAUUUUGAUGGUGGUUAUUAAGGUGGUGAUGAUGAUGAUGGUGGUGAUGAAGGCGAUCGACCCUUUAAGGUGUGAGAUCACAAAUAUGUGAUUAGAAUGUUCUAAACUGAACAUUCUAAUGCUGAUGUAAGAAUCACUCCCGGGAACAGAGAACAACAGAGUUCUAGAACACUGACUUGGAAUGUUGAAAAAAACAUUCCAAAAAACCGACUUUUCAAAGCGUUAGGAAGCCUGUGCGCAGACAAUUUGUUAGAUUGUGCUCAAAGUAAAAAAAACACUGUUUUAUUUGCAGCCUGUCAUGCAUACUUUAUAAAUGUGUUACAUAGAUGUUAUAACACUGUUGUUCAUGUAUAUUUUAUGAAAACGUGUACUUUAUGUGUACUUUUGAAUACAUCAGGUUGCAUAGCUUGUACAAUAUGACCAGACUAAAAUACCAAAAGGAACCCUGUGUGGUUAUUACUUUGCUUGAAUUUAUGUAAGCAAUCAAUGCCCAGGUUCCAUUGUAAAGUCAUGGGACAGAAAAAUACUUUUUUUUAAAAAUAGUUUUGCCUCAAGCAACAUAUUUCCUUAAUAAUUCUAGCAUUUUAAAAUGUAGCAGUUUCGAUUGAAAUUUUUUGAUGAGCAUGUAAAACAAAAUCCAUCAAAAUUAUUUAUUAAAAACAGAUCAGUCAGUAGAGGAAAAGCAAAAGACUGUCUUAUAAAAUAGCAUCUGCUGUCCUGAUACUACCUGCUGGAUUCAUCUGCUUAAUGAGCUGCUACCUCUGUGCUCCUACUGUCCCCUCCUUCCCUCCCUCCCUCUGUCUGCCUCUUUCCCUCCCUCCCUCUGUCUGCCUCCCUGGCUCCCUUCCUCUAUCUGCUUGCUUCAGCCUCCUCCCUCCCUUCCUCCCUCUCAAUCUCUUUCAUCCUCUUUUCCUUCAAAGGCAUUACACUUCUGUAUAUUACAGGGUAUCAUGAGCAAAUGCCAGGAGGAAAUGCAUCAGAUAAGAAAGUGUAUAUCGUGUGAAAGCCAAGUCAGUUCGGCUCUAAACCGAAGUGUGGUGACAAAUUUAAAAACCACAUCAGCAAACUCACUCAAGUUCACACAAAGGCAUGCAACAUAUAGGUAGUGCUACCAGUCAGUAUUCUCUCUCUCUCUCUCUCUGUCACACACACACACACACACACGCCUCAGCUUAUAUACCACAGCUUUUAGCUAUUUACACAUUGCCAUUUCCAAUUGUAGUUUGAUAAUUUUAGAUAGCCGGUGUGGUACUUAGCUUAGCUAGCCACAGUACCCUGGCUGCUAGUAAUCUGUUUAGCUGAAGUAACCUAUAUAUAUAUAUAUAUAAAUAGCACCUAUCUUUCCAGGCAUUUUCAGCUAAAACAUACAGUUAUAUUAUACCUCUUAUCAAAGCUGUGCACACAGCAGUAAAAUCCACCUGGACUCCUUACGCUAAACACCAUCUCGGACAGCGGGGCUCAAAUUGACCCAAACUUGAUCGCGACCCAAACUAUGUCGGGUCGCGGGACCAUUAUGAGUUCCCUCAGAUUUACGCCAUAUGCGGCGCUCUCUCCGGAAGUUGUUCAUUUUGGAUGGACAGCGAGGCGACCCGCGUAAUUCCUCCUGCACUCUGCCAAACUGCGUGCAAUAAUUGUCCUUGACGCUCUUGCUUGGCUAGCAAGUUCUUGUUUAGGCCAGCGAUGCACAAAUGACGGGGCGGUCGGCCAAACUUAGGUCACGGGGGGAUAUCUGUGUGGUCGUGGUAUCCUGUAGCUUACGGCUAGACCGCAAUGCAAUUAGGCCUGAAUGAAUAAGGUGUUAGCAUUCAUUAAUGCUAUUCUGUGUUCGCGCCAAUAAAGGCUAAAUAGAAAAAAUGAAACGAGUUAAAACGCAUUUUAAUUGUUUGAAGUUGACGGCGUGUUUCAUAUGAUCAUGCAAAUGCAUGCUUUAAUGUUGAUUGGUGCGUCAUUCCUUCUCUCCGCGAGAUAGCGAUCAUACCGAAUUCACUUGUUUAUUGCUCAUGCAACGUGAGAUAGUUAGCUACUUUAGCUAAUCACCCCGGCCGGACCCUUUUUGUGCUUUGUACAUACAAAAAUUGGAACAUUAUUGAAAUAUUGGCUGUUUUGAAAUUUUAGCUAACUUGUUUAAAGUUUCCCUGGAAAUGGAUAAGUGGCUGAUGGUGCGUCCCAUUAAAAGCAGCCUCACUGACGAUGACUAUAACGUUAAUAAGAAAUGUUAUGUUUUAUACUUUGGUUUUCUGAUUGGAAGUUUUGAGCGCUUUACCCAGACGAUGCUGGAUAAAGGCUUAAAUUCUGUUAAUGCGAUGUUGCUUUCUGCGGUUAAUUGCCUGCUAAUUUCUGCAACUUUGUCCUUUCAUCUAGCUUUCAGGUGUUAAAACACGGCCACUGUCCGCAACUUCACAAUUAAUUAUCAAUUAAUUGUAAUUAAUGAAAGUGACAUCAGUUUGGAACACGAAAAAGUGCGGAUUGAUAUCUUUGGGUCAUUGCUGGAAAAGUUUGUGCACCCCUGAUCUGGGAUAUACCUCUAUCAAUAAUCGCCAUGGAAACCUGAGAGAAAUAGCCAACCUAGCUGAAAUGAAUAAGAAAUGGCUUAACUGAUUGACAUUACUUACCUGUCAGUCAGUGUAUGCACAUUGCUCCGUGCACGCCUAGUUGCAGUUUCAUUCCCCCAGAGAGAGAGCCAUUGCGUUCAGAUGGAUUUUUAUUCAUAAAAAGGGUGUGGGGCGUCGAUCAUUGAGCAUUGAUUAUUUUGGGCCGAAGUGCACUCGGACCGCCUCCAUCAUUUGCAAGACUUGCUAUGGCAACCAGAAAUAAUACUAUGGAAUUUGAAAAUAGCAGGUCAUAGAACACCUACACAUAACCCAUUACACUGUAGUGUGUAAACCCAAUAACAAUCUGUAAUUAGUUAAAAAAUAACUGUACUGUGUAAACCCAAUAACCAUCUGUAAUUAGUUAAAAAACAACUGUACUGUGUAAACCCAAUAACAAUCUGUAAUUAGUUAAAAAAUAACUGUACUGUGUAAACCCAAUAACCAUCUGUAAUUAGUUAAAAAACAACUGUACCGUGUAAACCCAAUAACAAUCUGUAAUUAGUUAAAAAAUAACUGUACUGGGUAAACCCAAUAACCAUCUGUAAUUAGUUAUAAAAUAACUCUGUAGUGUGUAAACCCAAUAACCAUCUGUAAUUAGUCUGCCUGUCUGUCCGCCCCCACCCACACCCCCCCCCACCCAUAUCUGCACAUGUCUGCGUAUGAUGGUGAAGAGGAUAAUGGUUAAGAUGCUCGUGAUAAUGAAUAAGAUACUGAUGAUGAUGACGAUGGUAAGCAUUAUGAUGCUGAUGAGGACGGUAAUGGUGAUGAUGAUUUCGCAGUGACCGUGAUGCUAACGGCUACAGUGGCGCUGUUGUUAAUUCUGCAGCAGUAGUUGACGGCGGAUGUCUGCUCUCGGCUGUCCUGCUCUGCACAGCCCGGCACUGCGGAGAGCUCGGUCUUCUCUGUGGGCCUCAGCCGUGGCAGCGUAUCUUUUCAUGAGCUCAGGUGCCGCCAGCAGCUCGCAGGGCUCCUCCUGCCUGCUUGAAUACGCCUCUGCUUGUGCCUUAACGGUGAGCUCCGGCUCCCCGCUUAAUCCUCCUAAAAUAGCGGGCGCCCGCCUCCGUGUGGCAGCCUCGCCCGGGCGGGGUUUCCCGGGGAGAGAGUCGCAUCGGCGCCGAGGUCGGGGAAGCGUUUGGUCGGGCAGUCACCCUCGUCCCCGGAGGCUUCUCUUAACAUUAGAUUUGUGAUGUCACGCAUCGCCGUGGCGAUAAAUCACUGCCCUUGCCGAAAUGCUUAGACGCGGUCGGGGCGAUCGGCGCCGUGGCGAUGUGCGGUUUUUUUUGUGGCUGUGGGGGUUGUCUCUGUGUCGACUUGGUGACGGGCGCUGACUCUGGGAUUUUGUGUGUGUGUGUGUGUGUGUGUGUAUACAUGUGUGUGCGUGUGUGUGUGUGUGUGUGUUUGUGCGUGUGUGUGUGUGUUUGUAUGUGUGUGUGUGUGUGUAUGUGUGCCUGUGUGUGAGUGUGUGGGUGGGUGUGUGUGUGCAUGUGUGUGUGUGCGUGCGUGUGUGUGUUUGUUCGUGCGUGUGUGUUUGUGUGUGCGUAUGUCUUCAGCUGUGCAGCUGCUGCAGGAGAAUUGGUAGGCCCCAGAUCCUCAGGCUGGAGUGAUGGAGCUGCCCAGGUCUGAGCACCGUGGAGCGGGGUGCCGAGCGGUGGCAGGCCCUGCCGAGGAGCCGGGGACGGGCAAGAUGUAACAAGCGUUUUCUUCUCGAACGCACAACUUGGAUCCAGAAGAAAGGGAAAGUGACAAGAAAACAGAAACAUUCAGUCUUUAUGCAUGUGUAUCUAAGUGUAAAAAAAAAUCUAAGCAAGAAAGGAAAGAAGAGAAAGGAAGAAGGAAAAAUUACAUGUUUUAAAUGAAACGUUUAAUGAGGCCAUGUCGUCCGAGUAGCUGAAUCGGUUAAAAAAAGAAAGAAAAGAAAAAAAGUGAAAGCUGCAUCUGUCUGGAAUUACCUCCACUCACUUGGAAAAGGGGAGGGUCAUGACCCAGUUGCCAUGCGCUUUGCCACGGUGACCGGCCUCCCCAGCCCCUCCCCCCUUCUCCUCCUAUUGGCCCAGCUGCUGUUGCGGCUCCUCCUCCUCCCUGGGCCCGGAUUGGCUGGGGCGGCCUCGUCCUGUCCCGCCCUCUGCAGCUGCUCCAAUCAAGCCAGCCGGGUGAUUUGCACCCGGCGGAACUUGGAAGAGGUGCCGGAAAGCAUAUCCGUCAACACGCGAUACCUCAACCUUCAGGAAAAUUCCAUACAGGUGAUCAAGUCCGACACCUUCAAGCACCUGAGGCACCUGGAGAUCCUGCAGCUCUCCAAGAACCACAUCCGGCAGAUCGAGGUGGGCGCCUUCAAUGGCCUCCCAAACCUCAACACCCUGGAGCUGUUCGACAACCGGCUCACCCUGGUGCCCUCGCAGGCCUUCGAGUACCUGAGCAAGCUGAGGGAGCUCUGGCUGCGCAACAACCCCAUCGAGACGCUCCCGGGCUACGCCUUCCACCGCGUGCCCUCGCUCCGCCGCCUGGACCUGGGCGAGCUCAAGAAGCUGGACUACAUCUCCGACGCGGCCUUCGUGGGCCUCAUCAACCUGCGCUACCUCAACCUGGGCAUGUGCGGGCUGAAGGACAUCCCCAACCUGACGGCGCUGGUGCGGCUGGAGGAGCUGGAGCUCUCGGGGAACCAGCUGAGGAUCAUCCGGCCGGGAUCCUUCCAGGGCCUGGUGUCGCUGCGCAAGCUCUGGCUCAUGCACUCGCAGGUGGCCGUCAUCGAGCGCAACGCCUUCGACGACCUCAAGAACCUGGAGGAGCUCAACCUGUCCCACAACUCCCUCCACUCGCUCCCGCACGACCUCUUCACCCCGCUGCACCAGCUGGAGAGGGUCCACCUCAACCACAACCACUGGGUGUGCAACUGCGACGUGCUGUGGCUCAGCUGGUGGCUGAAGGAGACGGUGCCCAGCAACACCACCUGCUGCGCCCGCUGCCACGCGCCACCCGUCCUGAAGGGCCGCUACAUCGGGGAGCUGGACCAGAGUCACUUCACCUGCUACGCCCCCGUCAUCGUGGAGCCCCCGACCGACCUCAACGUGACGGAGGGCAUGGCCGCGGAGCUGAAGUGCCGGACGGGCACCUCCAUGACCUCGGUCAACUGGAUCACGCCCAACGGCACCCUGAUGACCCAUGGGUCCUACAGGGUGCGCAUCUCCGUCCUCCACGACGGCACCCUCAACUUCACCAACGUCACCCUCCGGGACACGGGCCAGUACACCUGCAUGGUGACCAACUCGGCCGGCAACACCACGGCGACGGCCGUGCUCAACGUGUCGGCCGCCGACGUCAGCAUCAACUACACCUACUUCACCACCGUCACCGUGGAGACGGUGGAGAACGGCGAGGGGAACGCCCCGCGUUCGGAGAACGAGACCUACGUCCACAUCCUGGGCCCCACGCCACCGGGGGAGAUCUGGGGCGGGGGGACGACCCUGGCCACGACCUCGGCGUCCGUCUCUGCCUCCUGGCUGUCCCCCCGAGCGACGAAGCCGCCCGACUGGGCCUUCACCGUGCCCGUGACGGACGUCACCGACGUCUCCGGCCUGGACGACGUGAUGAAGACCACCAAGAUCAUCAUCGGCUGCUUCGUGGCCAUCACCUUCAUGGCGGCCGUGAUGCUGGUGGUCUUCUACAAGCUGAGGAAGCAGCACCAGCUGCACAAGCACCACGGGCCCGCCCGCGCCAUCGAGAUCAUCAACGUGGAGGACGAGAUCGGCGCCGGGGCCGGGGGGGGCACCGGGCGCGGGAGUGGAAUUUCGGGGGGUUCCACCAUCCACUCCGGGGGCGGCGUCGGAGGGGGGCAGAGCUUAAGGCUGCACCACCCAGAGAUCGUCAACCUCCCCAACCUGGCCCGGGCAGAGCACCUGAACCAUUACUACAAAACGCACCACUUCAACAACAACAUGAUGGGCGUCGGCAUGGGAACGGGCUCCGGGAUGGGGGGCGGAGUCCUCAACAACAACAACAACCCCUCCUCCUCCCUGUCCCAGCCCACCUCAGCCGUCCCCGUUUCCUGCACCCCGCUCCCCAUUUCCUCCUCGUCCGGGAACAGCCACGGCUUCGGCCCCAGCUCCAUGUCCCCGCUCCCCCUCCCCCCACUGGGAAUACACGGAUCUCUCAAGGGCUUGAUGGGGAAGAGCCAGAACCCUCAGAUCGAACCGCUCCUCUUCAAGAGCGGCUCCAAGGAAAACGUCCAGGAGACGCAAAUCUGAGGCAGGCGGGGGGCUAGCGAGCGUGACCGCCGCACCUCCGAUCCCCCCCCCCCACCCACCCACCCCACCCACGGCAGCUGGUGACGGACUGGGA